GACUCUUGAUUGGCCCUCAUUAAAGUGUUGUUCUAAUCUGAAAACUGCACUAGGAUGUAUGGUAUGGCAUAGGACGCAUGGUUUGUGCUUGCUCAUGGUUGCAGCUCUAGUAUCCCAUAUCUUGAGAACCAAUUACUGCUCAUUUAGUCAGUUAAUGUCAAGGAGUAUGAGCAACGUGACCUACCUAGGCCAGGAACAGGCCCAGAAUAUUGACAUAGAACUGUUUGAUGAUUACAAGUUUUCGAUCGAUCAGCUCAUGGAACUAGCAGGGCUAGCGGUUGCCAAAGCAGUGGAGAAAUCCUAUCCUAGUAGAGGGGAAGUAUUGGUAGUGUGUGGGCCAGGUAACAACGGAGGGGACGGGCUAGUAGCAGCACGACACCUCGCAUUGUUCAACUAUAAACCGACUGUUGUGUAUCCCAAACAACCCAGUAAACAUCCCUUUCCCUCUAUACUCCACCAGGUUAAAGCUAUGGGUGUGAUUGUCUCCUCCACUCUACCCUCUGAUUUGUCCCCUUAUACCUGUAUCGUGGACGCAGUGUUUGGGUUUAGCUUCAAGGGUGCUAACAACAUCCGAGCUCCGUUUGAUACUAUCAUUCCAGCUCUGGUCAAUACGAGUGUGCCUAUAGCCAGCGUAGACGUCCCUUCAGGUUGGGAGGUGGAACAAGGUUCCCCAGACAGCUCCUUAAUACAACCAGAUAUCCUGAUCUCCCUGACCGCUCCUAAACUAUGUGCUAAACACUUCAGAGGCAGACGCCACUGGUUGGGUGGCAGGUUUGUACCUCCCUCUCUCGCUCUCAAAUACUCUCUUAACCUCCCCGAGUACCCUGGAUCUGAUCAGAUUGUUCUCAUAUGAUAUUAUUAUAACCUAGAUUGAAGUGGUGUGGUGGAUAGUGCGAUGUUGAGUUCGUGGCAAGUGUCAGUGUCUAGGUUUUCUUUCAUGUUGUUUCUUUUUCUUCUUUAAAAAAAAUUAAAUUUUGUUGUUGCUAAAACUUAUUAGCCUAGUCAUCCCCUACUUCACCAGGAGUAAUAAGACUUCAGAUAUUGUGAGAAUGAAAAUCCGACAUGAUUAAAUGUAUACAUUUUUAUAUAUGUUGUAAAAAUUGAAAUUAUAAAACUUCUUAUCAAAAGCCUUCGUAUUUAAAAAACCCAGCAUUUUAAAAUAAUCAGAUUACCUUCUUCUGAGUCUACUUCCUGACAUUUUAUUUCACCGCGAAUCCUAUAACUAGCCUUAUCAUGACCCGCGAGGUAAUAUGUGUAAGAGCAAAUUGUAGUGUGUAUAUAUAUAUACACCUUGACUGCCUCAGGCAUGAAUAGAAUGCAUUUAAAUAAUUACAUUGAUUCUGAUUAUUAUCCUUAUGCUGCAACUUUGUUUCGCACUCAUUCAAUCAUACUCAGAUUUUUUCAUACUAUUCAGUUUCCCUA